AUGAGAUGGAAAGAGUUUUAUACAAACCCUGAAGUGGGAUAUAAACAACUCUAUGCAGAUGACGCGAACACAGGAGUUGACCCAGAGUAUGUUUUCUACCAGAGGAGAAAUAGAAUGUAUGAGCUCCAGUUAAAGAAUGCUAUGGAACUCAGAAGGAAACGUAAGAGACUAGGUGGACAUUAG